CGUUACGGGAGGGAAAGCCGAUGCAGGUCAGCAAAUCUCGUCAUGGCGCCAGGAUGGCGAGAGCUCCAGACGUUUCUAUCCUUGAUCCUCACACCACCCAGCCCGGUAUAUCGCCCUACCCCUCUCCAACGCGAUUCCCCAGCCUGUCCAAUUGUCGCAGUUGGAUGCGCUUGACCAUGCGACUUCAUCACCGGAGAUAGACGACCGCGCGUUCCAGGCUGCCUUGAGCUCCUACCUAUACCAUUUUAUAUCUUCCGCCUUCUACCGCCCACCCACGCCUACAGAAACUCCGAUUUGACCACGACGACGUCGCCAUGGUCAAGUUCUACUCAUCCAACGAGACGUACUCGUACCCGUUCCCCGCCGUCUCGCUCGCCUACUUCCUCCGCUACCCGAACCCUUACUCCACGCACGUGCUCUCCACCGACACCAUCGCCCGUAACUACGAUCCGGAGACUCAACGCCUGACGACUAUUCGCCUCCACCUAAAGCGCUCUAAAGUGCCUUCCGCUGUUCUGAAGCUCGUACCGCGGUCAUUACUUGGCACUUCAGCUAGCGGAGAAUCGCAGACCUACAUUCUCGAGAAGUCGGUCGUAGAUAUUAAAGAGGGAUGGAUGGACACGGAGUCACGGAACCUGGAAUGGACAGGUGUGUUGUCUGUCGUAGAGAGGCAGAAGUUCAUACGUCCGUCGCCGUUGGUACCUGAAGACGUGAAGAUGCGGCAAGCCAUGGACGGUGCCACGCAACGCCAGGGCUUCAUCAACUUUGGCGGCAAGGGUGCAGGUGCCAGGGUCGAGGAUUCGGGUGAGACUACUGACGUCAUAAGCUCUGUCACACUACACAGUCACAUUGGGGAGACAUGGAAGAAGAAGCGUGCGGCUGCAAGGGAGGACGCCGCGGAUGAGGAACAGCCACAAAAGAUGGGCUUCUUGCGAAGUUGGGGCACCGCGGCUCUCCAGCGAAACAUCGAGAAGAUUGGUUUGUCCCGUGCGCAGCGAAGUCAGCCGAAUGCGCGUGAAGGCAUGAAGGUCGUUUUGGAACGUAUGCGGGAAGGCGGCCUUGUCGGGGUACUGGAGGGCAUGCGACAAGACCGCGAGGCCAUUCUCGCCGGUCGCCCACUGUCGACCCCAAGGGCGAUCACCAAGGACGAGUAAACUACUUGCCAUUCAGGAUAUGGAGUGGUUUUGAGUUACUCGCUCGAAUGACGAGUCCCAUGUUUCCGAUAUGAAUAUUCAGCGACGGCGUAACGGUCUCUCUCCCUACCUUAUCUCAUUUCGUCAUGUCCUCGCUCUCUUGGUGGGUGAGCCAGGUUUUGU